AUCACCAAAGAUUGGGAAACACGUGAUUACAUCGUUACGUUACAUGUAUUAUGUCAACCAAUAUCGAUCAUGAGGAACAACACGAGAAAUGUGAAAGAUAAAGGUCGAAUUAAUAAAGGUGAUAUUGACGAUAAGCAUCGGGAGAAGAAAUUCGACAAAAAGAAGUACAGAUUACAGAAGUAUAGCAACAAGUAUAAAAUUAAUCAAUGGGAAGAGAAGAGGAAGAAGGCUGUGUUACGAGAAUAUUAUAAAGAACUUAAGAAAGAUCAGCAGAAUUCCGCGGGAACGUCGUCAAAUUUAAGUAAUACAUCCAAAAAUACGAAUGAAACUAGCAAAUUGAAGAAGAACAGUGCUUUCUUCAAAGCUAAACGGGAAUAUCGGCGAAAGCAGGAAGAAAAAAAGAACAGGCUAGAGAAUGCCAUUCGUGUAAAAACAGAACGAGAGGAAGCCCUGAAGAAGUAUAGGGAGAAGAAAUUGCAGAAUUACAAGGUGUUAUCAAAGAAGACGAAGAAGGGGCAGCCUGUCAUGAAGGGCAGGAUAGAAAUGUUGCUGGAAAAAAUACAGCAAAUAACGUAA